CUACUACUACUCUUGACAUAAACAGACAAAGAGAACCGAGAGAGAGAGAGAGAUAGCAAGAUUCAAGAGGAGAUGGGAAAGUUCGAGGAGUACAAGCCAGCAAUGGCCAUGACCGGGAUUCAGAUGUGUUACGCAGGAGUGACUCUUUCUGCAAGAGCUACUAUGGUUAAUGGAUUAAGCCCUCGUGUUUUUAUCCUCUACAGACAAGCCUUUGCGACCAUGUUCAUCUUCCCGUUUCUCUACUUCUCAAGGGGAAAACCGAAGAUAUCUUCACUGGAUCUCAAGAGUUUUUCUUUAAUUUUCUUGGUCUCGCUUGUAGGCAUUACUAUCAAUCAAAACCUGUAUCUUGAAGGUCUUUACUUAGCUUCAUCGGCAAUGGGAAGCGCCGUGGGUAACAUCAUCCCUGCGAUCACCUUCCUCGUCUCAUUUCUCGCAGGAUAUGAGAAAGUGAACCUCUGGGAUAAAAGAGGCCUAGCGAAGAUGGCAGGGACGAUCCUCUGUGUAGCAGGAGCGACCUCCAUGACUCUUCUUCGUGGACCAAAGAUUCUCAACUCAGGAUCCACUUUACCAGUAGCCAAUGCAUUAUUAGGAGAUUUGAAAGACCAGAACACGUGGCUGUUUGGUUGUUUGUUCUUGUUCUCUAGCACUGUUUGUUGGUCCUUUUGGCUUACGCUUCAGGUUCCAAUCUCUGCCUAUUACCCAGAUCACCUCUCUUUAUCAGCUUGGAUGUGUUUAUUUGGAACAAUACAAUGCGCAGUGGUCACUUUCUUCCUUGAGAAGGACCCAAACGUUUGGAUUCUCCAUUCAUACUCCGAGUUUGCAACCUGUCUUUACGCAGGAGUUGGGGCGUCAGCACUUUCGUUUACGGUCCAAGCUUGGGCUAUAUCAAAGAGAGGUCCUGUUUUCUCUGCAUUGUUUAAUCCUCUCUGCACAGUCAUCGUCACAAUCUUGGCUGCUCUGUUCUUCCAAGAAGAGAUUUACAUUGGAAGUUUAAUCGGAGGAUUAGGAGUCAUUAUGGGACUUUACAUUGUGCUUUGGGGUAAAGCAAAAGAUGUCAUGAUGAAUCAAGAACAGAGAGACAGUGAAAACGACUCAGAAGUGAAGAUUCAUAACGAAGAUUUUUCAAGCACAACAAACUGUAACAGAGAUCUUGAGGAUCCCCUUCUGUCAAAAUAGAUAUCAACUGAAGAAAUCAAAACACAGCAACAACUAAACUGAUUCAAGAAUAUUUCAUUCUUCUAUUUUCAGAAUUUAAAAAAGAUGUUUUGCUAUAGUAAAAAAACAGUAAAAUGAUUUAUUAAUGAAAAAUAUCAUAGUCCAGUCUAAAUAAGAAGCACACUACGAUAUGAUAUUUGCCAUA